AUGGCGUCCUCAGACAACCAAGAAAUGGAGCAAUCGUCGGCUGGCGUACGAGUUGUUUUGUUAAACCUGCCAGAGGAUGAAGGAGAAGGCCUCGGAUUUAAAUUAACGCGAACACUUUGGGAUCCAUAUCCAUGGAUUCGUGACGUCACUCCUGAAUCAAGAGCCGCUUCAGCCGGUCUUCGAACCGGCGACUGUCUAUUACAGGCCGAUGGUAACGACCUACUUGGACUACCGAUCAAUAAGGUGGCUGGUAUCAUUCGUGGUGACGGCCAGGGUCGGGAGGUGACCCUGGUUCUGUGGAGCUGUGGAGUCAACCCUGAUGAAGACCCAGAGUUGCUGUGGUCCGGCGGGGGCGCAGGCUCCGACCGUCCCCGGCGCGCCCUGGGCGGGGUGCUCCGGUCCCUGGCCUGUGCCGUCUGUGGGGCGACUGCAGCCGCCGCCCUCAGCUGUCGCCGCACACACUUGUAUUGUGAAGGCUGUUGGAGUAGAUUGGAGAGAUGCGCUCUGUGCAGAGAGGUACUACCGCCUAAAGACUCGCCUUACUCAAGAAACUUAGUCGCUCAACAGGUUUUCGAAGCAAUAGCGAAGGAAUACGACAUAAAACUUGGUAAAACACAAAUCAUCUCUCGAUCCCCAAAAAUAUCACCAACCACAAGCCGUAGAGGACAGUACCAGUUUUCAAUGAUGAAUAAAAACAGAUUUGGAGGGGAAAAAUAUUCUUCAGACCCAAAUAUAAAUAGGACUCCCAAAAAUACGGCACUAACAUCCAGUAAUGGCAACUCUGAAACGAAAUGUCAUAUAGAUACGUCAAAAGUGACAAUGAAGUGUUCAUGCAGCUGUCAAAACUUACUCCACCACACUCUGAUGACGAGGUUAAGGGAGACCAGCUCGCUAGCUGAUUUAAAAUGUUCCGUACAUAAUUCACUAUCGAAAUCUUUGAACAAUAUCAGCUUGGAUGGACAAAGUAGCACCGAGCCACAACAGAGCAGUUCGAUGGAAAAUUUAAAGAAGACAGAUAUGCCGGUAUUCCUGUUGGCUCCUCCGCCCAUAUAUUUUCUUGUAUCGGAACACACAAAAUAA